AAAUAAUUCCACUAACGAUGCAACGCUGUCUAAAUGUAUUGCUAAUAUUUGCGACAAUUUAUGUGACAGUAACAAAAUGCCUCCUUCCUUUUGACGAUGGCUUUCAUCACUAUGAUAAGCAACAUUUGCGAGUUAUGUUACAACUUCUACGAACUGUAAAUUCUGAUACGCAACAAGAACUAAGAUUGAUAUUUAAGAAUAGUACAUUAACAAAGCAAGAACUUAAUGAGACAAUCCGAGAAUGGGCCAAAAAACGAGCCAUAAUUUUUGAAGAAGCGAUCAUUUCAAAUUUAAACGAACUUCAGCAGCAAAUAAUGGAAAUGCAAAACAGCGCCAAAAAUUUGGCAAAUAUUACCAUGCAAGAACAAAAUGAUUUAUUAGCAAUAUUAGAAAUUAAAGCGAAUAUGUCAUUAACAAAUUCUGAAGAAAUUUUUGCGAUAAAAAAAUUAAUGGAAUCACUCAAUCGGACUGAUCGUAUUCGAUUGAGGGCAAUUUUACGCCAAAAUUUUCUAAAUCAAAAACGCAUUCGUCGUUCGAUUCAGCAAUGGCUUAAAUUAUCUUCCGGUGAAGAAGAAGAAUUCGAUGAAAAUUUGAAUGAAUGUGAACCAUUCUUUUCAUGCCAAUUCAAUUGUGGUUCAAGUAAUGAUUAUAAUUUCGACAAGAAUUUUAACAUUACAGUAGCAAAUACAACUAUAGAAACGACAAAAAAUUUUACGGAUACAGAAGAUCUAAUAAUUCUGGGUGGUACGAAUUGAACUAUUUGAAACUAACAGUACGAAGCGGUGUUCGCAGUGCUAAGAAACAGAUGAUCUAUUGAUUGAAAUAAUGUUACAACUAAUUAACUAAUUAAUUAACCAAUUAGACGUGUGCUUUACAACAAGUCAUUUGAUAUUUUUCAAAAACUUAUUUCAUG